UGCUGAGCUAUAUAUUAUUUGGAGUAGGCGCCUAUAACUUUCAGUGACAGAGGGGAACAACAAGAAGAUGCGUAGAGCUUCCUUUUCCCUUUGACUAAACCUUUGACCAAACCCUUGUCAUACCAAAAACAUGGUUUUUGGCUGUAUUGUCUGUUCGAAAGAUUAUAGCUUCUCGAACAGCAUGCCAACUAAAUACUCACUUACCUACAGCCUUACGGCUAAACCACCUCACUAGCACCAACACCAGUACCAACACUAGCACCAAACAAGCCCUGCGCAGCUUUACCCGCCCUCGCCCCCAACCUCAACUCCAACCCCCGCAUCCUUCCAACACCCCGCCAACUGCAUCCCUAAACCCCAGCUGUGCCACCCCCGCACGCACGCAGCGUACCGCAUCCACCCCACCCCAACCCGCGCCGCGCACGAAGCGCGCUCCCAGCUGCUACGCCGCAGCCGCAAUGCAGCCGCACCCGGCGAAUCUCACUCCGCCAGACGAGCAGCAGCAGCGACAGGGGCAGAGGCUAUCUAUCCCUCUGUGCCACACGCCCGCAAGCCCGCCAGCCUUGGUGCGCUGGGGCUUUAGAGGCGAGUUGGUCUUGGGCUUGCUCGCUCGCUGCUACUGCGACACCGAGAAUUGCGGUGGUGGCAUUUACUGCGGAAGUCACGGGGAUGGGUGAGGUUUGGACAGACGUGGUGGUGAUGAGCACAGUUGCGGUUGUGAGGGUAUGAGAGCGUCGGCUGGGUGGGUGUGCGCGGUAUACUUCGAGCGCGGAGGUGUGCGGGCUACUACAUCUCUACGCAGUGGUUAUCCAAAGGGCGCGAGUAGGAAGAAGCAAGACACCAAGUCACGGCAAAGGCGUAGAAUCAAGA